CGUAUAGUUUUCGCAAUGGUCGUUGUAUCGUUGGCCAAGCAUCCGAAUCGACGUAUCAGAGCAUGAGCCUGAGCGCCGAAUGCGAGCCCAAGUCGGGUAACCUCAACGUGCUUCGACUGCACAAUGUCCGCGACCUCAAGUGGCGUCGCUAUACGACAACUGGGCCUUCUCUCUUACCGCGUGACGACCCACUGAUGACCUCAUGGAGGAGACUGCUUGAUGCCGGCCUGGCUGCCUGCUUCGACGAGUGGACCCCCAGCGGAAGGACGGCGAGUUUCGGGCAGGCGGGGCACGCGGAGCCGCUUGCCUCCCCGGAGACUCCGUCUCGUAGACAGUUAUGGGUGUUUUGCGAUUCUAGCGAAACGCUGGACUGGGAGAAACUUGUUGACUCUGGAUUAGAAGACGUCGAUCGUGGCUGUUGGAAGGAGGGUGUGAGCGAAAGUUGCCUGCAAGCGAUGCUGGCCGCUUUUCAUUGUCGCCUUCAGAAGCUUCUUGCAGAUCAAGACUACAUCUGCAUUGGCAAGUGGUUUCUCAAGCCUGCUGCCGCGUCUCAAGCGGCGGGAGAUGAUGGUUCGCGCAGUAGCUUGCCGACAGUUGCGAGGGAUUCGAUUCUCUUUUCGUUCUCGUUGUUUGUCACCGGCGGUCAGUGGCUGUGUGCAGUGGUAAAUGUCAAAUGCUGCCGUUCCGUGCGACCUCUAAGCGCUCAUUAUCUCCAGCAUCUUGACAACCUGCCUGAAGGAUUGAGAGUGCUGUUGUGUCCUUCUGGUUUGGGUGCUACAUUACGGCAUCAACCAAAGCUUCAAGCCAAGGAGCAAGCAACUUGCUUGGAAGAUUGGGAGGCAUUCUAUCCCAAUGUCACAACCAGGAAAGUAGUAGAUGUUCCUGCUGUUGUGGAAGUGGAAAUUCAAGGAAUACGUAUGCUUCAUCCGUCAGCCUUUGUGCUGGUGCAGAGUAAUGCAGGCAAUAGAGAGCAAGGUUGUGGGAGCUCACUGGGAAAGGUUGGGCUUCGUCGGCAGGAUGUCAUAGCAAAAGUUGCACAUGGACUUGGAAUCGAUUCAUCAUUAGUUGCCAAGCAGCUGUCACGUAUUUGUUGGGCUAAUGCAGUAACAGCAUCACCAGUGAAGAGAGAAACAAGCCAGGUUGUAUCUACCAAAUCGUUUGUAAAUUCAAUGACAAGACAACAAUGCAGUUGCAACAAACCAUCACAACAGUUGAAAAGCUUUCACAUGACAAGUCGACUCCAGGAGAGACGGGUUCAAAGACAUAGAUGUUAUUGUGUGCCCUUCCAUCACCACAGAAUCUACAGAUCAGAAGCUGUGAGUGAUGGAGCAACCAGUCAGCCUGAUGCUGCUAUUGUCACCAGCUUGCUGCGACAUCCAGUCACCAUGCAGAGCAUCCCAGGAUCAUUGGAUCGUGGAAUCUCUACAGCUUCUAUUCAUUCGUCGGUUAUUCCUCGAGUAUCUGCUCCUCGUUCUUUAUCAAGUCUGUUUGAGUCUCCAGUACCAUCUCCAUUUCUUGUUGUACGUCGACCGGGAUCUAGUAUUCCUACUAAUAGAAGUCCCACCCAGACAGGAGGAAUUGGAUCUCAACGGACCUUUGCGUUUGACUCAGGUUCAGUCAGUCGAGUUCGAGUGGCAGGGACACCACUUGGAAGAGCAUCUGAAAUGAAGCAGGCUGGGAAACAUGCAGUCGAGUACAGAAUUGAAGAACAUGACUCAAUAAAGACAUCCCUGAUGAGUGAAGAAACUAGUCCGUAUACAACAGUCAACAGGCUACAGAAAACAAUGUGGGAUUAUUAUGAACUGCCAGACGAUAACAGCAUUGAAAUGAAUGCAAAUGUAAGUAGUAGCAGCCAUUGCGAAAUUUCAAGCGACACACUGGACAAGUCUACACAAAAGAGACCAGGCAGUGAUAUAGAAGAGGGAUCUGUUCCAAAGAAAAUGCAUCUUGAUUUGACUUCUGUAGACAGUCACAGCAUGGGUGGGAUGACGCCAGAUGAGCGGGAAGUUUUCACUCCUACCAUCGAAGAUUCAACUUUAACUGCUCGCACACCUGAGAAGCGAACACGGAAACCAAGACGCAGUCGAUCAACUCGAACCCGGAGGAAAAGCAAAGGUGGUGGAAGUACAAAAAAAGAAGUGGCAACACCUGUGGCAGCUGUUCCUUCAACACUUAAUCCCGUGAAGUCUACUGUUGAUAUGAAAGCUUUUGUACCCGUUUCUCCACUUUCAUCUCAGUCGUCGCCAAUAUACGAAGAUGUUUUUCAAGGAGAUGGCCAAAUAGGUACAACAACGUCAGCUAGACCACGUCAGAUAUUGAAAUCUGACUCUUACUUGUUGGAUGAAAAGGCUCUGCAACCUUGUCCUGCUGAUUACUUGUUGUACCUUUUGGAGGAUGACAAUGAAGUAGGUCUGCUGGAAGAGUCAAAAGGUGGUAGUUGCCAGGGAGACACAUGUCAUGUUUCUGAAAUGACCAGUGGGUCAUCCAGUAUUUUACAUGCAAAGCACAAUCGAGUAGACUUGUCUCGCAUCUAUCCUACUCCGCCGUCAACAGAUCAGACAUCACCAGGCUUGGCAACAAACGUAGACGAGAGCACUGGAAAGAAUAGUCAGGAUGGAAGAGUAGCCAGUGGGCAGUCAAAUGGUCAAUUAGAUGAGGCAAUGCCAGAGGAGGGACAUGGCUCUUUUGAGAUAAUCAGUCUCAAUGAGGAGCGGUUAUUCAGUCUACAUUUUGAUCAUAUUGAAUUACCCAGUGAGCAGCUGGAAUUUCAGUCUCCUUUGAGAGAUUAUUCCCAUCUUGCCUAUGUGCCAAGUUCAUUGACUUUUGAGGAUGAUGGACGAACUGUUGCUUUGAGAUCUGAUUUGUCAUUCACGAAAGAAGGAACACCUGCUCUUGUAUCUGUUGCUUCUCAUAGUCCUUUUUUGGAUGUUAGCAGACCAGUUGUCACCACAUCAGUUGUCGCCACACCAGUUGUUGGCACAUCAGCAAUGUUGCCACCCUCAGUCAUGCCCUUUUCAAGACUUCGACGUCCAUCUCAACUUACUUCUGCUGGGUCACCAAACUCUUACCAUUCACCGUGCUACACUCCAAUACACGCACCAGUUGAAACUGGAAUAUCAUCAAUGUAUUCGCAAGCACCCGGCAAUGCUAACAAUACCAUCAGACCUUUGAGUGUGCCCACAUCGCAUUCUCUGGUUGUUAAUCUUCUUUGCUGUGUACAUGCACAGCUGCAUUUACCAAGUUUGAAUUUAACUAAAUUAGAAGACAUCGAUACUCAGUUAUCAUUAGUGCCCUCUGAUUCUUCAAACUUUGAUGGACUUUCAGACAUUUCUGAAGAAGCUCGUUGGACUAAUCGACAGGCUUCUAUGGGUUUUGAUGUGUCAGAGAUUGAGGUUGUCAAAGCACGUGUGUGUUCAAAGAUUGACUCUUUUAUUGAGCUGGUACAGCAUCAUUUCUUUGCAUCUUCAUGUUUUGGAUUUGGGUGGGGUUGUUUGGGGAGAAACAAACUGUCAAUCUCAAUGCAGUGGUCAUUUGGACCCGUAGCAUGUCCUCUUUUACUGGAGCAGUGGUUGCAGCAUGGGAGUGAUCUCUCUGAUGGCCCACCAGUUCCACUGAGUUCAGUGUCUACAGCAGGCCUUACAACAGUGCAGGAUUCCGUUGAUGCACUGGCAUUGUCUCAAUUGCGAGACACUGAUGCUGCUGACCGAGAACUGGAGUACAUGCUUUGUUCUCUAGAGGGCCAUGAAACGUUUCAAGAUGACUGUAAAUCUCUUCUUUCUGUUACCAAGUUUCGGGAAUUGUUAGAUCCUGAGGGAUUGUCUCAGCUGGAGACAUUGUCUGUACCUGCUGUGCAGGUUGGGUUUGAUGGUGAUGUUCUGACUGUCACACCCUCAUCGUUGCUCAACUGGGGAAAAUUACAGCUUGAGCCUUUGUCAGGAAGCCGAGAUGUUGAAUACUUGGUUUUAGCGCCUGACAGUCCAUUAGUUAUCGAAAACAUCAACUUGUUUAUGAAAGAAUUAUCACAAAUAUAUGAGGAUUAUCAUUUUGGGAAGCACACUCCUGUAGCUGACCUUCGUUAUGGUGUCAUGAGGAUUAAAAAGAGGUUACUCCAGACAGGUCCAAGUCAUUCGGUUAAUGAUUGGUUUGAUAAUCUAGGAAACUCACCUGCUAGUCAACAGCUUCAGCUGUGGGCAAAGGGUUUUCGAGAGCUACUCUUGCCUUUCAUAUCAUCCUAUCUUUCGAGUGAAAGCAGUGCACAGCAAGCUGAAAAGACGAGCAGCAAGCCAACACUGGUUAUCUACUUUAUUGAUAGUUUUGAGUUGUUGACCGCUAGUGAAGAACAGCCAUUGGCGGCAUCGAGAUGUGAAUACACACUAAGGCUCUUUCAUGAGCUGACCAAUGUGUUGCCUUCUGCUUCUCAGUGGAACUUACAAUUUCAGGUUGUCCCAGCAGAUGCUUUUGUGGACCCAUGUUGGUCUCCAGGUUAUGGAGAUAUUCAUCGUGGUCUUCACCAGCUGGCACUUGAAGUUUAUUCACGAUGUCGAACAACAAGCAAUCAGACCUUCAUUAGCAAGUCACUUACCAACUUUGGGAUGUCUACAGCAAGGCACAUGAACCUAAAAGCCAUGGAAGCUGGAGGUAUUUCAGUGCCUCGUUUGUACACUCCAGCAUUUGUGUUAAGUCAUGAAUCACAAUCGUUGCAUCUUGCCGGAGUUGAAGAUGUCGACCAGUCAUCCGAUUGGCUAUUUUGCUCAUACUCGUGGACAUCAGACUCGGCGAGACUUGUGUGUAUGGUGACAGAUGGGCAAGGUCAUGUGUUAGAACCAACUGUUGUGUCACUUACAAAUGCUGACCAGAAAGAUUCAAAAUUGCAAUGUUCGUAUUCAGCAUUUAAAGAUUUAUUAUUAUUGUGUGUUGAGUUUAUAUGGAGUGCCUGCCAGUCUUGGCAUUUUGUCUUCUCGUGCAAUGGUGAAACGUCUAUUGAAGAGAGAAAUGCAUGGAAGAAAUUGCUCACUACAGAGAGAAUAAAUGCAAUCAACGAGCAGUUGGUGUCACACACUGUUGCUGGUGGAAUGGUAGGCGGCAGGUCUUGUUCAACACUGCUGUCGGUAUCGGUUGUUAGUUUCGAUUCUACACACGGCUUACGACUUCUUUCAUCUCCAGGUGAAAACAGCUCAGCGUUGCUGCUUGUGUUGCCUUCACAUGCUGACGUCAGAGAAGAUGCAGAUGCUAAGAAUCAACAGACGAAUGAAGACACAACAAAAUUUACAGAAGUUACAAGUGAAACGAUAGACUUGGGUGCAGGUAGUGUGGGAACUUCAGCAGACAGUGGCUUGGAAGACUUGCCAUUUAGUGUCAGCUCAGUCGGUGAUACAGACUCGUACGUUUUGCUGCCUGAUUUUGUAAACUCGCCGCAUCAGCCAUCCUCAUGCGUUUUGUCUGAUCAACCACUGGAGUCUGUUACUGGUGCUACUCCUACAUCAGAUUUUACAUCUAUGUUGCCAGAUUGUGGACAAGCUGAUCAGUCAUUGACAAGUGGAGAGGAGGGAGCCCAAGAGACAAACAGAAGUCUUGCAACAGCAUACAUAUUCGAAUCAGGACCAGAAGUCAACCACAGAAAACAUUGGUUGUCUGUGCUAAAGACGUCACUGUUGGUAUAUUGUGAAUCAAAGCAACGCCAGUCUUGCCAGGAGCACCUUAGACAUGUCAUGCGACGUUUUGAUAGUCUAUCCUGGCUAAGCUUGGAUAUGACGACAGGGCAACGCUCAUCGUUUAUGCCUUUUCACCAGUCAGCAGCGAGCACUCUGUGUGCUCAAGUGGAUCAGGUGUGUCACAUGAAUGGUAUGGUCUAGUGACACCACAAAUGGCGAGAGGAUUUAUAUUUUAACGGUUUUGUUUUCUAUACAUGCUGUGGUCUCUUGUACAUAGACCAGAGCAGGAUUUUUUAAUGAGAGGACCUCCAGUAUGUAGCAUCGGCAUUCAGUAACUAUAUUUGUGUAAGGCUGCAGAAGCACUAAUUUCUAGUGGUAGUCACUCCUCACCUCUGUACACUUACUCUCCAAAUCCGUUAUAGGAGACUAUAAGAUUCUGUAUCUGAAUAUAUAAUAUAGACUUAUUAUAUCGAAA